ACACACACACACACACACACACACACACACACACACAAUACUCAUGCAUAUGUAACGGAGACACUGACUGCGAAUAAGACACGAAGAUUGCCAAGAUUUUAGAGAUGUAUUUGUCAAGAUUCCUGUCGAUUCAUGCCCUGUGGGUUACAGUGUCCUCUGUGAUGCAGCCCUACCCUUUAGUGUGGGGACAUUACGAUGUAUGUAAAACUCAGAUUUACACAGAAGAAGGGAAAGUUUGGGAUUAUAUGGCCUGCCAGCCGGAAUCCACGGACAUGACAAAAUAUCUGAAGGUGAAACUGGACCCUCCGGAUAUUACCUGUGGAGACCCUCCUGAGUCGUUCUGUGCAAUGGGCAACCCUUACAUGUGUAAUAAUGAGUGUGAUGCAAGCACUCCUGAACUGGCACACCCUCCCGAGCUGAUGUUUGAUUUCGAAGGAAGACAUCCCUCCACAUUUUGGCAGUCUGCUACUUGGAAGGAGUACCCUAAACCUCUCCAGGUUAACAUCACUCUGUCUUGGAGCAAAACCAUUGAGCUCACAGACAACAUAGUUAUUACCUUUGAAUCGGGGCGACCAGACCAAAUGAUCCUGGAGAAAUCUCUCGAUUACGGACGAACAUGGCAACCCUAUCAGUAUUAUGCCACAGACUGCCUCGACGCUUUUCACAUGGACCCGAAAUCGGUGAAGGAUUUAUCCCAGCACUCGGUCUUAGAGAUCAUUUGCACAGAAGAGUACUCCACCGGGUACUCCACAAAUAGCAAAAUAAUUCACUUCGAGAUCAAAGACAGGUUUGCGUUUUUUGCUGGGCCUCGACUACGAAACAUGGCUUCCCUCUAUGGACAGCUGGAUACAACCAAGAAACUCAGAGAUUUCUUCACAGUCACGGACCUGAGGAUCAGGCUAUUGAGACCUGCCGUUGGGGAAAUAUUUGUAGAUGAGCUCCAUUUGGCACGUUACUUUUAUGCUAUCUCAGACAUAAAGGUGCGAGGAAGGUGCAAGUGCAACCUGCAUGCCACUGUGUGUGUGUAUGACAACAGUAAACUGACAUGUGAAUGUGAGCACAACACGACAGGUCCAGACUGUGGGAAAUGCAAGAAGAAUUAUCAGGGCCGGCCUUGGAGUCCAGGCUCAUACCUCCCUAUCCCCAAAGGCACAGCAAACACCUGUAUCCCCAGCAUUUCCAGUAUUGGUAACUGUGAAUGCUUCGGCCACUCCAAUCGGUGCAGUUAUAUCGAUCUGCUAAACACAGUCAUUUGCGUGAGCUGUAAACACAACACUAGAGGGCAGCACUGUGAGUUAUGCAGGCUGGGCUACUUCAGAAAUGCUUCUGCACAGCUGGACGAUGAGAAUGUGUGCAUAGAGUGUUAUUGUAACCCUUUGGGCUCAAUCCAUGAUCGUUGUAAUGGCUCAGGAUUUUGUGAGUGUAAAACUGGAACGACAGGGCCUAAGUGUGAUGAGUGUCUGCCGGGAAAUUCCUGGCACUACGGCUGUCAACCUAAUGUCUGCGACAAUGAGCUCUUGCACUGCCAGAAUGGAGGGACCUGUCACAACAACGUGCGCUGCCUGUGCCCGGCCGCCUACACUGGCAUCCUCUGUGAGAAGCUGCGGUGUGAAGAGGCAGGCAGCUGUGGCUCCGACUCCGGCCAGGGAGUCCCCCCGCGGGGCUCCCCAGCACUGCUGCUGCUGACCGUGCUGCUGGGGACAGCCAGUCCCCUGGUGUUCUAGGGGGGUCACACCAGCCCUCCAACAGGCCUGUGCUGUGGGGGAAGCAAACUCCACCCGAGCGAUUGCUACUAACAUAGAAAACACGCACACCCACUCCAACACAGUGUACAAACGAAGAGGGCCUAACUGAACUAAGCCAUAUCUCUCAGACCUGGACAGCACAUCGGAGUCAAGACUGUUCAUCACUGACUCCAGAGGAAUUGGCAGCUGUGGCUACUAUCACUGCAAAUCUCAUUGCCAGCUGCAGAGCCGAUUGCGGAUUGGGAAGGCUGUGAGAGCGCCCCCAGAAAGGAAAGUCAAAAACAAACUGAUCAACCAACCUAAAAAAAAAAAAAAAAAAGACAUUCGCUACUCUACCGUGGUGCACCCUAGUACCGCUCUGCCCAGUGUGUGGACCAACCAAAUAGAAGCAUUCUUUGCUGUCAGGUGCAUUGUGGGUAUAAGGAAAUCUGUUACAAGCUGCCAUAUUGGCCUGCUUCAGCUCCCACCCCCAACCCCACCCUGAAUCCCUUCCAACCUGUGCUUUAGUGAAAGUUGCUCUGUAACCCUUGUUGGUUGAAAGAUUUCUUUGUCUGAUGUUAGUGAUACACAUGUGUAACAGACCCCCUCCAAAAGCGCAAGCCAGUCAUACCCCUGUACAUUUUAGCAGCACUGAGACCCCCAGUGCCAGCUCACACCCACUUCACGAGAGUGGUUAGAGGAAAGAGAAAGUGUAUCUAUCCUUUUGUAUUCAAAUGAAGUUAUUUUUCUUGAAAUACUGUAAGAUGUAGAUUUUUUGUAUUAUUGCCAAUUUAUGUUACCAGACAAUCUGUUAAUGUAUCUAAUUCGAAUCAGCAAAGACUGACAUUUGAUUUGUGUCCUCUUUGGUUUUGUUUUGUUUCAUUGUGCAGAGAUUUCUCUGUAUGGGCAACGAGCGUGCUGGCAUCAAAGAAUAUCAGUUUACAUAUAUAGCAAGUGUAAUAAGAUUCCACCAAAGGACAUUCUAAGUGUUUUCUUGUUGCUUUAACAUGGAAGAUUUCAAGAAUAAAAAUUCCCGCAUAAAUGGUAUCAGGAAUUUGUAUUGCCGUUUCUUAGAUGAAAGGAGCAACCAUCCAAUAGUUUCACACUCGCUUCACUGAUGUUGUGUGGACGGAACACAGUCAGCUGACGACUCUAGUAGCCCAGGAAGAUGGAUUGAUGGUCACUAGCUUGGACAACGUCUGCAAAAUAUGAGACUAUUUUCCACCUGGGAAAAAAUUAUAACUGCAAGAACAGAAAGAAAUAUCUAAGUGAUUGCCAAGAUUAUGCCAAAGCCUGUUGGCGGAUACUAAGAGACUUUUAUUUUUAAGUCAUGCUAUUUUCACAGAUUUAUGGUGAUCAUGUGACUCUAGGGAUGCUGAUCUAUGUAUCCUUCCAAAUACAGUGUUUACAUGGAGUAUCAUAAGAGGCCACCUGGGGAACCAGGACAGCAGCAGGGAAAUUGAGUGAUUAGCAAUUUGACUUUGAAUAUAUUCUAAGUAUUUAAAUGAAAUAUCAAAAUAUACAGCAGCAAGUAGACAUAACUGCUGCUCCUGAGAAUAAAGUCUGUUUCAAGUACUGCCCAAGGUGUAAUAAAUUCUUGUUUCUGCCUUUUAUUAGGCCAAUUACUGUACAAGACAGCAAAGGGAGCCGGGCGGGAGAGAGACACCGCAGAGCUGGGGAGGGGCUGAAACAGUGUGUUCUACCCCAGCAUCUGCCACCACACAGGUGACGAAUGUGUCAGCAGCAACAUCUCUCAGAAUCAGAAACAAUUAUGAGGCCAAGCCAGAAGCUUAAGGACAAUGAAGUCCUACGUGCCUGGGCGGGACAGUAACCUAUGACAAUAUUAGGUCAGAAGCCUCGUUCCAGGCUGAAUUCUUCAUCCUACUGCCAGUCUGUGCUGAACCAAGGGGGAGGAAAUGUCUCCUGAUAAAUAACCCGAGUCAAAACUAGAUGAAGGAACAGCAUGUCUUAUUGGUUUUGUUCCCAGAAAAGCCAAUUCAAAGAAGGCAAUAAAAGGUAAGCAGGUAAUGCCUGUUCUGCCUGCCACCCCACGUCCAAGUCGAUUGAAUGUUUGUUAUUCAAACCAACAGCCUCUUUUGAUAUAAGAAAUAGGGAAAGAUGGAAAUAAAUUAGCACUUUGGCUUCACGCCAGAGUGGCCAACCAGAAAUGGCAGAUUUACAUUAGAAGCAUAAAUAGAAAAUUAUAUUUCCAGCUCACCAAAGAAUACACAUGAAAAUUCUGAUAGCAUACAGAGUGUGAGAUUACUUCUAAUGAGAUGGAUUUCUUCUAUUAAGAUGGAGUUUAAGUUGUCUUAUAGUUUAUUAGCACAAACCAAAGGCAGACUGUGUGGUUUCUGGCGACAGCGCACUUUAUCAUUAUGCACUCACAGCUUUGUCACAGUGAUCAGGCAUCAGAAGCUGCACAAUUCAAUCCAUGGGAUCCCAAAAGCUAAUUCUGAAAUUUAAUGAAGGCCUGAUUUAAAUCAUUUCAUCUGCAUUUUAUCUUUAUAAGGCUAUAAGAAUCUAAAUU